AUGGAGGGGCUGGGGUGGCUGCUGGUGCUGGGGGCUGCUGCACUGCUGGGAGCAGAAUGCAAAGCUCCUCUGGAGAGACCCGUGUUCGGGGACAUCUAUCAUGUCACAGGAGUCAUCAGCCUGCCCUACGCGGAGAUCAAGGAGCCCUUCGAGGCCUGGUACAACCUCACCGGGGGGAAGAGCCGCAUCGAGUACUACGGCGGCCAAGUGAUCACGUACCAGUUCGGCUCCAUCGAGCCCUUUGGCGCCAGCUUCAAGGUGACGCCUGAGACCACGGAGACGGAGGUCAACGUCCGCAAGUGCUUCCGCAUCAACGGCACCGACGGAGACCUCGUUGCCCCGCAGAGUGUCUUCCCCAGCCUGGAACACUUCAAGAGGGUCCGGGAGGAGCAUUUCCAUGGGCAGCGCUGCGCCGUGUGGCAGAACGUGUCCUACUGGGGCCACAAGAAGAACGUCUACACGCUGCGGGUGGCCAGCUCGCCCCGGGGCCCCAUGCCCGUCCACUAUGAGAUGCGGGGCUUCAACAGCCUGCUGGGCUCCCACUACGACAAGUACGAGAUCGAGUACUCCACUUUCAGCCACCGCUUCCCCGCCAGCAUCUUCCGCCUGCCGGACGGUGUGCAGUGUGAGCAGUGGCCCGCAGCCGGCCCCGAGCAUCGUAUCCUGGCCAACCCCAUGCAAGAGUUUGUGGGGAGGGCUCAGGACGCGGACCACGUCCAUCACCGCCUCUUCCACCACUACAAGGAGAGGUUCGGGAAGAGCUACGGCAGCGAGGAGGAGCAGGAGCACCGCAAGCGCGCCUUCGUCCACAACAUGCGGUUCGUGCACUCCAAAAACCGAGCCGCGCUCUCCUACACGCUGGCGCUGAACCACCUGGCCGACCGCACGCCGCAGGAGCUGGCCGCGCUGCGGGGCCGCCGCCGGAGCCGCGCUCCCAACGGCGGGCGGCCCUUCCCCGCCGAGCGCUACGCCGGCCUCAUCCUGCCCGAGAGCCUCGACUGGCGGCUGUACGGCGCCGUGACGCCCGUGAAGGACCAGGCCGUCUGCGGGUCCUGCUGGAGCUUCGCCACGACAGGCGCCAUGGAGGGUGCCCUCUUCCUCAAGACUGGCGUGCUGACCCCCCUGUCACAACAAGUCCUCAUUGACUGCUCCUGGGGCUUCGGGAACCAGGCGUGUGAUGGGGGCGAGGAGUGGCGCGCCUACGAGUGGAUCAAGAAACACGGCGGCAUCGCGAGCACCGAGUCCUACGGGCCAUAUCUGGGGCAGAACGGCUACUGCCACUACAACCAGUCGGAGCUGGUAGCCCAGUUGGCCUCCUACGUCAACGUGGAGCCAGGCAAUGCCGCAGCCCUCAAAACCGCGCUGGUCAAGCACGGCCCUGUUGCCGUCAACAUUGAUGCCUCGCACAAGUCCUUCGCCUUCUAUGCCAAUGGCGUCUAUGAGGAGCCCCAUUGCGGCAACGAGACAGCCCAGCUGGACCAUGCAGUGCUGGCUGUGGGCUACGGCGUGCUGCACGGCAAGAGCUACUGGCUCGUCAAGAACUCCUGGUCCACCUACUGGGGCAACGACGGCUACAUCCUCAUGGCCAUGAAGGACAACAACUGCGGCGUGGCCACCGCGGCCUCCUUCCCCAUCCUGGCCUGA